UUACUGGAAGAAAUGGGUGAGCGCAUCAGUGACCUCGAGAACCGUGUUGCUGACCUGAUGACAGAGGCUGGGAUAGAAAACAACAAUGAAGAGUUGACAGUAAGAAUGCAUUAA